AUAGUAAAGUUUCCUUGUGAACAUAUGACAAAGGGUAUGGUACCACUUUAAUCCAGAAUCUAGUUAAGCUAACAUGCACUCUAUUCGUUCAUUAUAAACCCAAAAAGACCUUCUCUGUCUUCUUGGGGUGGAGCCUUUAAGAAAAGAGUCUGGCCCCUUUUUGAAAAGAGACCAUUUGUUUCCUACUAAGAAAAGAGUCUGGCCCCCUUGGAAGCUUUUGAACAACUCUUCAUGCCUCUUUCCCUCUCUUCUCCUUCAGCCCCUCUGUUAGGCAACUGUGGCGUUCACGAAUGGCUUCUCCAUCAAAGCGUUCUUUUUCCUCUACAACCAAAACAAAGCCUGCCAUGAUAGGAACAAAAUUAGAAUGAUUUCUAGACAAAAACCUCAACUAUUCCUUUCUUUAACUUUUACUUUCCUACCUGGGACACCUUUGCUUCAGAAUAGAGCUUCAGGUUUCUUGUGAAGGGCCGAUUCCUUGCAGCUUUUCAAAGCAGUAAACCUAGCAGAAAAGGGACCAUGAAGCUUGUGGUGGACGUGCUGGACACUAAUGAUCUUAUGCCCAAAGAUGGUGAAGGAUCCUCCAGUCCAUUUGUAGAAGUUGACUUUGAGAACCAAAGAACCAGAAAACAUACAGUCAGUAGAAAUCUCAACCCUGUCUGGAACCAGAAACUCCUCUUCAAUUUGGACGACCCCAACACGCUCCAUCAUCAAAACAUUGAGGUCUCUGUCUAUAACAAGAGGAAAUCAUUCCCUGCUAGCAACUUCCUUGGAAAGGUAUGGAUUCUUGGCUCAAAUAUAGUCAGAAAAGGAGAUGAAAUUUUGGAACACUUCCAUUUAGAAAUCAAGUUUUUCUCAUCCAUCAAAGGUGAUAUUGGCCUGAAAAUUUCUAUUUCACUCGAAUCUGAACCCAACUCUCCCCCACCGAACAAUCCUCCACCAUCACUGCCUGUUUCUGAUAAUACUACAAACAUUGUUACAGGAUAUUUGGCUGUUUCUGGAACUGCAGCCACUACUAGUAGCAGUAACUUUGCAACUUCGGCUACUACCAAAGCUGCUGUUCUAACCACAGUUUCUGAAAUCAAUAGCUCUGCCCCAGCUGCAGUUACUAAAACCACUGGCACAGCAGCUACUGCUACAAAAGAGCCAGAGGAGGAGAUAAAGGAGCCCAUAGAAGUUACAGUUGAGACAACUCAAUACAUACACAAGCAGCAAGUUUCUCCACAACCCGGAAUAUCGGUUGAGAGACCACCCGUAGGAGUGCCACUAACCAUGCAGCAGAUCAACCCAAAAACCCAUCCUAACAACCAAGAAGACUAUGAAUUGAAGGACACCAAUCCCCACCUAGGAGAGCAAUGGCCAAAUGGAGGAGUACUUGCCAGUGGAGGAUGGAUGAUGGGAGACAAAUUCACCAGCACAUAUGACCUAGUAGAACAGAUGUUCUAUCUGUAUGUUCGAGUCGUCAAAGCCAAAGAUCUACCCCCCACUGCCAUCACUGGAAGCUGUGACCCAUAUGCAGAGGUGAAACUUGGGAAUUACAAGGGGAAAACAAAGCAUUUUGAGAAGAAGACCAACCCUGAGUGGAACCAGGUCUUUGCAUUCUCCAAAGACCGAAUCCAGUCAUCAGUGCUGGAGGUUUUUGUCAAGGACAAAGAGAUGGUGGGCAGAGACGAGUAUCUCGGCAAGGUGAUAUUUGACCUGAAUGAGGUGCCAACUAGGGUGCCACCAGAUAGUCCCUUGGCACCUCAGUGGUACAGAUUGGAGGAACGGCGUGGAGAGGGCAAGGUCAGAGGUGAGAUCAUGCUAGCAGUUUGGAUGGGAACGCAAGCUGAUGAAGCCUUCUCAGAGGCCUGGCACUCAGAUGCUGCUUCUGUUCACGGAGAGGGUGUUUUCAACACCCGAUCUAAGGUCUAUGUCUCACCUAAACUAUGGUACUUAAGGGUGAAUGUGAUUGAAGCCCAAGACAUACAACCAUAUGACAAAAACCGCCUCCCCGAAGUUUCUGUGAAGGUUCAGAUAGGCAACCAGGUGCUCAAAACCAAGAUAUGCCCAACACGUACCGCCAAUCCCAUGUGGAAUGAAGAUCUAGUUUUUGUAGCAGCUGAGCCCUUUGAAGAACAGCUGGUUCUUACAGUUGAGGAUCGAGUGCACCCGUCCAAAGAUGAUGUGCUAGGGAAGAUUAGUCUGCCGUUCAGCAUAUUUGAGAAGCGCCUGGACCACCGGCCUGUGCAUUCUCGUUGGUUCAACCUUGAGAAAUUUGGGUUUGGAAUAUUGGAAGGAGACAGAAGGAAGGAACUCAAAUUUUCAAGCAGAGUGCACUUAAGAGUGUGCCUUGAGGGUGGUUACCAUGUGCUUGAUGAAUCAACUAUGUACAUAAGCGACCAACGCCCUACUGCAAGGCAGCUUUGGAAGCAACCGGUCGGCAUAUUGGAGGUAGGCGUCUUAAGUGCACAAAACCUCCUCCCGAUGAAGACGAAGGAUGGUCGAGGCUCCACAGAUGCAUACUGCGUAGCAAAAUAUGGACAGAAGUGGGUAAGAACCAGAACAAUAAUUGACAGCUUUAACCCCAAAUGGAAUGAGCAAUAUACAUGGGAAGUGUAUGACCCCUGUACGGUAAUCACACUUGGGAUUUUCCAUAACUGUCAUGUAGGUAGCAAUGAGAAAGCAGCUGGUGGAGGCCCUGCAAGAGACUCAAGGAUUGGGAAGGUAAGAAUUCGACUAUCAACCCUUGAAGCAGAUCGGAUUUAUACACACUCUUACCCACUACUAGUUCUACAUCCAUCUGGGGUAAAGAAGAUGGGGGAGCUCCAGUUAGCAGUUCGUUUCACUUGCCUAUCUGUGGCUAACAUGAUAUACAUCUAUGCUCAUCCUCUAUUGCCAAAGAUGCAUUACCUGCAUCCUUUCACGGUGAACCAGUUAGACAGUCUUAGAUACCAGGCAAUGAACAUUGUAGCCAUGAGGCUUGGACGGGCUGAGCCACCACUCAGGAAAGAGGUUGUUGAGUACAUGCUGGAUGUGGAUUCACACAUGUGGAGUAUGAGAAGAAGCAAAGCUAACUUCUUUAGGGUCAUGUCACUACUUUCAGGUAUUAUCUCUAUCAGUAGAUGGUUAGAUGAUGUUUGCCAUUGGAAGAACGCAAUCACAACAGUACUGGUUCAUGUUCUGUUCUUGAUACUGAUCUGGUAUCCGGAACUGAUACUUCCAACGAUCUUCCUCUAUAUGUUCCUCAUCGGAAUAUGGAACUACAGGUUCCGCCCAAGGCACCCACCACACAUGGAUACUAAACUUUCAUGGGCAGAAGCGGUUCAUCCAGAUGAGCUAGAUGAGGAAUUCGACACCUUCCCAACAUCUAAACCCCAUGACAUAGUCCAGAUGAGGUAUGACCGGCUUAGAAGUGUAGCCGGAAGGAUACAGACUGUAGUUGGGGACAUGGCAACACAGGGGGAAAGAUUUCAGUCUUUGCUCAGCUGGAGAGACCCAAGAGCAACCAGCCUCUUUAUAAUCUUUUGUCUGUUGGCUGCUGUGGUGCUGUACAUUACACCAUUCAGAGUAGUGGGGCUUGUCACAGGCCUACACAUGCUCCGCCACCCUAGAUUCCGGAGCAAACUACCCUUAGUACCUAGCAAUUUCUUCAAGAGAUUGCCAGCUCGUGUGGACAGCAUGAUCUGAGAG